UAUCAACAUUCCCAUAUAGUUUCAAUAAAAUGACAAUGACUCAACAAGUAAAGGAAACAAAGGAUGGUUGGUUCAGCUGGUUGAAAUUUUGGAAUCCCUCUGCGGUGAAGAAGAAGGCGGAAUGUGGUGAUUUCAGCGUUGAUAAUGGUUACGGUAGUUAUGCUGCAAGUCGUGGGUUGAGCUUUAUAUCAUUUAGCUGGGUUACCAAUUGGGUUGGUGCAGUUGCUUAUGGUGACGUUGGUCAUGACAAUUACCCUCCGUUACCUUGCAGUGACUUUGAUACAUUUGCUUCAACUGAAUUAGGGUUACAUUUGAUGAAAAGUCGUGGUAUAGCUCGUGGUGCCUUUUUUAGUAGUGUUAUGGGUAACAUGCGUUUAGGGCUGUUGCGUGUUUAUCGUUACGCCUUUAGUUAUCUCAUGUUGUUGACUAUUCUCAAGGAUGCCAUGGAACUGUUUGUUGUUUGUUUGAUGCGUUUGGUGGUGAGUCGAUCAUCUUUGUAUAGCGGUUCUGCUAUAUUGUCAUUAACAGUGGACGCUUUUAUUGAGGCAUAUCACCAUUUUUACUAUCGUCGACUAUCUUUGCGACUUGAAAUAACACUUCAUACAUUGUUAUUUGGUAAGAUUUUAGCUCGUGACCGUGUUAUAUCGUCGCGUUGUCUUAGUGAUGGGACUGUUGCAGAUGAGUAUUUGCAUACUGCGAGGCCAAUCCGUACGACUUCUACCUCUGGAGAGAAUGACGAAGUGAGCAUAUUAAACUUGGCGUUGUUUGACGUUUACGAGGUGUCUAAUGGUGUAGUGCGUGUUGUCGAUCUAUUGAAUAUACCUAUCAAGGUUUUUAUGCUCACUCUUUGGUUAUAUGGUGAGAUGGGUUCAAUAUCGAUAAAGACUGUGGCUCUUCUUGCUGUCAGCACUGUUAUAAUGUUACUGUGUGAAUGCCAGUGUGCCUCCCUACUGAAGGAGUAUGUCCGUCGUAUGGAUCUUCGUUUGUUUAAAACCCAAGUUGUGUUAGAGGAUUUGCGUAAUUUACGUUUGGUCAAGUGGGCUGGUUAUGCCAUGUCAUCGGUUAUGGGUAGUCGUGUCCAUGAGUUGCAAUUAUGCUUGAAGCGUGCUUACCUCAGUGCGUUGAGUAGUUGGGUUGGCAUGGUAUCUCCUUUUACUAUGGCUGUUUUUAUCUUUGUGGCAUCUGCUAAGAACGACAGCCCUAUAUUAAGGGGUAUGAAUCUUGACAAGAGUUUAGCAUUUCCAUUACUCCAUGCAUUGAAUUAUUUCAUUCGCCCGCUAAAGCGUUUACCAUCGGACAUAAAUGACCACAUGGAGACUACAUUAUCAUGUGGUCGUCUUGAAGACUAUGUCUGCAGGAAGGUACUGGACAUUCACAUUCCCACUACAUACGACCGAUUUUCUGAGCGUGUCCCAACAUCGAAUUAUGAGUGUCGUCAUCCUUACAAGGUUGAUGAAUCUACUGUUUCCAAUCUUGAUUGUGCUUUAAUUCCCACUUUGAAAAACAAGUUCCGUGCUCAUAUUCCCUUAUGGAUGUGUCCUAGAAAGUCAGUUCAGCAGCAACGUGCUAUUUCAAGGUCUAUAUCUGGAUAUGAAAUUGGUGUGGAGGAUCCUCAUUGGCAGUUUCUUCCAUCUCGUGACACUAUAACCAUUGGUGCCGAUGUACUGCGUGAUUCCUAUAUGGGUAUAGAGUAUCCGUACGUAGUUGACAUUAACCAGGCAUCAUUUGCAUGGAAUACGUACCCCGUUUUAUCUAACAUAUCACUGAAACUAUGUUGCAACCAGGUAACUUUGUUAUUGGGUCCUCCGGGAUCUGGUAAAACUAGUUUACUCAAUGCCAUUAUUGGUGAACUCCAGCUGCUUACAGGUACUAUAAGCGUGGUUCCUUGGGAAGUCAACCUCCCUAUAGGCUACAUAUCACAAGAUCCAUGGAUAUCUGUUGGUACCGUGAGGGAAUGCAUUUUAUUUGGUCAUCCUAUGGACAUUGCUAGUUAUAACCAAGUGGUUUCCACUGCAGGUUUAGAUGUUGACUUUUCAUCAUGGGAAAAUGGUGACCAGCGUUCUGUUGAUGAGGGUGGUCAGAACCUGAGCACCGGUCAGCGUAUGCGUAUAUCUCUAGCUCGUUGUUUGUAUAACCAGAUGAUGCAUUCUCACAAUGCCCACUAUUCAAGAUACACUUUAUAUUGCCUGGAUGAUAUGUUUUCAGUUUUGGAUCCUGCGUUAUCAGUGGAUAUAUUCAAGAAGUUAUUUGGUCCCAAUGGUUUAAUGACGGGUGCCAGUGUAUUAAUGGUAAUCCAACCCAGCUUCGCCCAGAUGCUGCUUUCCAGUGGCACUAAUCUGAGUAAUAUGGAAUACUUUGUGUACCACAUCGAUGGCAUAUCAACUCCACCACGUCAUGAAACAUUGAUGGAAUACAUGUCACGUCUGGAUAGUGCUGAAUUACAGGAGGACCGGUCUGCCCCAAAGUCAUUGGAUGAUGUUGAGACCCCCAAUGAAGAGUGCAGUGGCCAAUCUGAGCAGACUCAACUGACCGACUCUGGUCAGCAACAUGGUGCUUUAUCCGUUUCAAAUUUCACUUGGCUAAUUAACCACGUUGGCAUUGGAUCAUGUUUCGCUAUGGUAUUUUUGGCUUUUACAAGUGUCUCUUUGACUAUAUUUAGUGACCAAGUAGUUCGUAGUUGGGGAAACCUUGUGGAUGACAAUCAUUGUGAGAUUGCUGCUGCAGGCCACGCAUCUGAGCAUGAACAUGUACUGUUAAUGGCGGAGAAAUAUAGCCCCUUUAUGCGUGACAAGUUGAAUCACUAUUACGUCUACGUACUGACCAAUGCUUUGAAGAUAGUCCUGUGCAUGGGCAUAUGCUUCGUUGAGCCUUUGGGUACAUUUCAAGCGGCUCGUACAAUUUACAGUUCCGCUUUGGGAGGUGUUCUACGAUCUCCGAUGUCAAUCUUCAAUAACAUGCGGAUAGGUACUAUAAACAACCGGUUAUCCACGGACCAGACCUAUGUUGAUUACAACAUCUUUACAAGGUUUUCUCACACGACUGCGACUAUUAUAUAUAGCACCAUGUGCGUGAUAACAGUUUGCAUUUUGAACUGGUGGUCUGGUGCUACUAUACCAUUCGUUAUCCUCCUGACCUUCAUCAUUGUCAUUCGGGAUUACAUGCCCAUGUGUCGGGAAAACAUGAGAUACAUAUUGGGUACUCGUGGCGCUCUUUGUACUAUGAUUAGCCAAACUAUGACUGGUGCUAGUGUAAUUCGAUCGGCUAAGCGUGAGGGUGCUGCGAUGUCUCAGUUUUUGCGUUAUCUGGAUGUACAUGAACGUGCCAAGUUUCUCCACACUUCCGCUGUUGCGUGGAGCAAUGUCAGGAUUCGUUUAUUAAGCUUCCCUCUUAUAUUCGUGAAUCUAUUAUCUCCUUUGAUAUCGUUAUUAUUCAAGGAUGCCAAUGCAUGUGGUACGGCAGUCAAUGCUAACUUGGGCACGGCUCUGAUGUAUUCCCUGAAACUGUCAAAGACCUUUAAGGCAUUGAUAUCACUGCUCGUCGACGUCAGCAACACCAUGUGCGCAUGCCAACGGCUACAGGAACUAUCUCGCUUAUGCCCUGGUUAUGACAAACGGAUAGAGCGCCUUCGUAUAUCGCUAUGCAACCCAUGUGUAAACUGCGGUCGCCACAGUGGAGCUAUCUCAGGGUGCCAAAGGGCUGCUGUGUCAGCCCCGGCUAUUACCAGUGGUGGUGCCAUUGUACCAUACCGCACCAGUCAGUUCAACCUGACUAGGACCGGAGUCAUUAUAAAUGAUCUCACAGUUGAUUACGUCUACCGUCCAGCCUGCCAGAAACUCGAUGACUCCAAUACAAGCACCUAUAACCCCGAUGUUGAAGUACCUCCCAAGAUAGCUGUACGCGUUGACUAUUUAGCAUUUGGUCCUGGUGAGCAUGUUGGUAUAGUUGGUCGCACUGGCUCUGGUAAGAGCACUCUUCUUGCGGCUCUGGCUGGUGCCGUUGACUUGGCGUCGGGUAGUGUUACUUUGGACGGCCUUGAGAUAUCCACUUUUGCUUCUGAUGAAUGUUGCGAUGCCAUUGGCAACAUUCCUCACAACCCUCCGUUACUAGUUCAUUGGACUAUUCGGGACUACGUUGACCCACGUCACGAAUGGGAUGACAUUGCCAUUUGGGACGCCCUGUUUGCCUGCAGCAUCGGUACUUUUGUGCGCAGCUUGCCUGGGAAGAACCCGCUUGAUAUAGUCCUUAAGAAAUCAUGGCAGAACAAGUGCAACGACCGCUCUGUGGAUUCAGAGAGCAGUAUAGUUAUCUUAGACGUCCACCUGCAGUAUUUGAGUUUAGCUCGUUUAUUACUUUAUCGUCGUGACCUGCGGAUGCUGCUCGUUGACGAGUCUUCUGUAGUGAGUUGCGAGGAUGAACAUGAGUUGACAUCCAUUCCUGAGUUGCUUCACCGUUUAUUCCGUGAUUGCAACUUGUUUUUGGUUGCUCAUCACGCGGAGUCCUUGAGGCUCUGUGACCGUAUUGUGGUACUUAAUAAUGGUCAUGUUGUUGGUCAGUGUAGUCCAUCUGAGGUGGUAGACCAAUUUGAGUUGGCCACUCGUUGUAGUGCUUUGGCGAGUGGCAGUGAGUAUUGAA